AUGGCGUUCAAUGUUCUUCUCACUGUUCGAACGAAACGAAAUGCCACCGAGCUCAAAAGGGUCGACGUUUAUGCGAUAUUGCUGGCUUUUAUUCUCCCGUUCAUUCCGGCUUUGGUGUUUUUGUGCUGGAGGCCCGAUGGCAAGUCUGUCUACGGGCCGGCGACCAUGUGGUGCUGGAUUGCCAAAGAAUCCCAGAUCCUUCGUCUGGUGGCCUUUUAUGUGCCCAUUUGGUGCUUCAUCCUUGUCGCCAUAUUCCUCUUCGCUCUAAGCGGCAAACAAAUCCUUCUGGUGCGCCGCAAGGUCAAAUCGGCCAAAGCCGAAUGUGUACUGUACCGAGACGAGCCAGGCCCAGACGGAUGCCCACCUCCACGUGAACGCCGCUUUUCGUCCUUCGCCAGGGCCUUCAUGUCGUCCACACCAACGGCGACGAGAGACUCGGAUAGGUCCAGCGUGCCCUACAACAACAACGCAGGGCCGGAGCCGUCAUCGCCCGAGUUUAAGGGUUUCGAGCCGCUCGCGCCCAUCCAUUCGCGCGAGGUCCUGGAUCUGGAGUCUCAGUCUCACCACCCCCCGUCAUCGCCGCCGUCGCACGAGUCGUCAAUCUUUGCCACGCCGGGGUCUCCGACAGUCACCCUCGACCGCUCUGGUUCCGACCAGACGAUGCUCCGUGGGGUGGCACCGGACCGAUUCCCGCCGCGGCGGAGGUCGUCGUCGCGCUUUGAUCGGAUACACUGGAAAUACGCCAAGUUUGCUUUUUUGUGCACGAUUGUCUUGUUCAUUACCUGGGUCCCCAUCAGCGUCAACAGGGUCUACAACAACUUCAUCUCCCCGAACCACCAAAUCUACGGCCUUUACCUGACCUCGGCGGCGUGCAUCCCGCUGCACGGCUUCGGCAACUUUGUCAUUUACACCACCACCAGCUGGGCCGAGUGCAGAGACUUUCUGACCUGCUCGACUCACCGGAGUUCCCGGCGUCCGUCCUCCUCGUCGGCUAUUGUCGUUCCUGUCGGGAUUGGCCCUGGCGCCACAACGGCCUUCACCGUCCCCGUGGGUGGCGGGGGAGACCACGCUCGCGAAGGUGCAGGCCAGGAUGGUGAGGAAAUGGCAACGACGCGCAGGCUCGGGUUGAUCCAGAAUAAUGUGCUCAGGGGUUGGGCAAAGCGUGGUCACGAUAUGUGGGCGACACGGAGACAAUGA